GCCGUAGGCCCGUAGGUACAUUAGCUAGAAGCUUUAGUAGCGGCGAUGGGCAGCCUACCGCUCGACGCGUCACUGCGGCCACUGGACCCCGAGGCCUUCGCCGGCGAUUCACGCGCCAUCGUGGACUUCCUCGCCGAGUACUACCGUGACGUCGAUAAGUACCCUGUGAGGGCGGCCGACCUCGAGCCUGGCAGGCUACGGAAGCUGCUCCCCGAGGCUGCGCCAGAGCACGGUGAGCCGAUGGAGGACAUACUGGAGGACGUGCGGCGGGACAUCCUGCCGGGUCUGACCCACUGGCAGAGCCCCAGCUUCUUCGCCUACUUCCCCAUGAACGGCAGCGCCGCUGGGUUCGCGGGGGAGAUGUUGUCGGCCGGCCUGAACGUGGCGCCGUUCGUGUGGGUGGCGUCGCCCGCCGCAGCGGAGCUCGAGAGCGUGGUGGUGGACUGGAUGGGUACGCUGCUCGGGCUGCCGCAGCGGUUACUCUUCUCGGGCGGCGGCGGCGGCGUGCUACAGGGGAGCACGUGCGAGGCCGUGGUGUGCACGCUCGCCGCGGCGCGGGACCGCGCGCUGGCUAGGCUGGGGCACGAGAGCAUCGUGAAGCUGGUGGUCUACGCCUCGGACCAGACGCACGCCACCUUCCAGAAGGGCGCGCGGCUGGUGGGCAUCCCGCCGUCCAACUUCCGCGUCAUCCGGACGACGUCGGCCUCCGGGUACGGCCUGACGGCCGACGACGUCCGCGCCGCGGUCGAUCGCGACGUCGCACGCGGCCUGGUGCCGCUGUACCUCUGCGCCACGGUGGGCACCACGGGGCUCGGCGCGGUCGACCCCGUGCGCGAGCUCGGAGAGGAGGCGCGGCGACACGGCAUGUGGCUGCACGUGGACGCGGCGUACGCCGGCAGCGCGGCCAUCUGCCCUGAGUUCCAGGGCACUCUCGAUGGCGCCGAGCUCGCCGACUCGGUGAGCAUGAACCCGCACAAGUGGUUCCUCACCAACGCGGACUGCUGCUGUCUGUGGGUGGCAAGCCCAGGUGCCCUGACCUCCGCGCUGUCCACCGACCCGGAGUACCUCAAGAACGUCGGCACGGACGGCACGGGGAAGCCGGCCGCCAUAGACUACAAGGACUGGCAGAUCUCCCUGUCACGCCGGUUCCGCGCCAUCAAGCUCUGGGUGGUGCUGCGGCGCUACGGUGCCGUCGGCCUGCGCGCGCACAUCCGCCGACACGUCACCACAGCAAAGUGGUUCGAGCGGACAGUGGCGGCGGACGAACGCUUCGAGGUUGUGGUGCCGAGGAAGUUCUCGCUGGUAUGUUUCCGCCUCCGGGAGAGGUUCGCAGGGGACGACGCGGCGGACGAGUUGAACCGGGAGCUCCUCACGGCGGUGAACGCGAGCGGGCGGGCGUUCGUGACGCACUUCGUGGUGGACGGCAAGUUCGUGAUCCGCCUCGCGGUCGGCGGUGCUAUGACGGAGAUGCGGCAUGUCAUGGACGUGUGGGAACUGCUGCAGGCCAGCGCCGACCACGUUUUACGCCGCUACUCCUACUAGUGUAUUCUGCUGCACGUAUACGUACACUUUUACGCGCACAUGUACCAAAAAAAUAAAGUAUACACCUACUCUCCU